AUGUUCGAAACCCUUCUCUCCCAGAUCGAACAGAAACCAAAGCCGACGAUAGCCAGCGAUCACUGCCCGAACGGGGACAGCCCAGAAACGCCGAGGCUGUUGUCCAUGGCGCCAAGUACGCCCCCCAACCCUAAUAAUCUCGUGCCUCUACGCCGAGUGACCAGUCUGAGACUCAUUCCCUGGGUUCGCGUGGCGCAACGGCUUGUUAUCUUCCAAUCCCCGGCCGCGCUUGUGUUUUCCGGAUCAUGGAUUGAACCCGUCGGCGUCCGCACCAAGAAUCUCUCACUGUAA